AGCAACUCUGUCUGCUCUGGUUUACGAUUCCACGAUCAUACGUAAAAGAGAAUGUAUGUUCAGGUUGAAGACAAUCCUAUAUAAUCAUCUGUGAGUCAGCGGUUUUCUCAUUGACUGGCACUGCGUAGCAGCCUCCAUGAACCAGAUGGGUGCUCCUUCACGCUUUGUUGCUACGUCGCUGUCUGCGUGAGCCUAAGGAGAAACUAAAACUUUCCCCCGGCAGCAGGAGAUCCACUGGCGCGCACAUCGUCGUUCAUCACCAGCUACAGCUAGCGAAGCAAACAAGGAGCCGGGAAGAGGCGGCCGCGGCCGGCCCCCGGCCAUCCGGUCGCUGUCCGACAGCUCCUAGACAGCAGCGUCGACCGCGCCCGGCCGGCGCCCCCGCCGAGCUAGCUAGCCCAACGACAGCCCGCCCAUGAGGCAACCAUGCUCUUCCUCUUCACAAAGUACUUAUCCAGGGGCAGCAAGAACGCGGCAGCCGGCGACGACGACGACAAGAGGCAGAGGCAGAAGCAGAAGCAGAAGCAGCGCGAGAUGCCGGCGGCAUCGGCGUCGAAUGGUCCUGCGGACAGCGAGCACGGCUGCAUGCCCGGCUGCGUGCCUGUGCGCGCCAAGCGGACGGCCACGGUCACGACCGUCACGACCACGUCGGCGAGGACGUCGCGGCACAACUUCGUCAGGUCGGCAGCGUCGGGGCUGUUCCCCGGGGCGCCGGUGUUCACCAACCACGAGUCCCUCCCCGCGCUCCCCGAGGCCUACUCGGAGUUCGCCGCCGCGUUCCCGCAGUACGGCGGGCUAGCCGGCACGGCGGACGCGAUCAGGGACGGGGAAUACAGGCACCUCGACCGCCACGUCUGCCUGGACUACAACGGGAUGAACCUCUUCUCCCACGCGCAGAUGAACUCCUCGGUGCCCUCCACGUCCGCUCCGGCGGAGCCGUCGGCGUGGCAGCCGCCCUUCUUCGACAUCGCGUACAGGUCGGCGAGCCUGCGAUCGCAGGUGCAGCAAUGCGGGGACGGCAUCGCCGCCGAAUCCGCGGCGGGAGGAGGCAUCAGCGGCGCCGUUACGAGGCGCAUCAUGGCGUCCCUCAAGAUCCCCGAGGAUGAGUACACCAUGGUGUGCACGGCGAACCGGACCACAGCCUUCCGGCUCCUGGCCGAAUCCUACUCCUUCACUCCCGGCGGCGGCAGGAAGAAGCUGCUCUCUGUGUACGACUACGAGAGCGAGGCGGUGGGUGCCAUGGCCCAGAGCGCGCGCAACCGCGGCGCGGAGGUCAUGCACGCGAGCUUCGCGUGGCCGAGCAUGCGCGUCCACGCCGCAGACCUCCGCAAGAAGCUGCUCCGUGGGCGGCGGCGGCAGCGCGGCCGUGGUCUCUUCGUGUUCCCGCUGGUGUCCCGGAUGACCGGCGCGAGGUACCCGUACCUCUGGAUGAGCGCCGCGGCGGAGCAGGGGUGGCACGUGGCGCUGGACGCGUGCGCGCUCGGCGCCAAGGACCUCGACACCCUCGGCCUCUCCCUCCUCCGCCCGGACUUCAUCGUCUGCAAUUUCUUCAAGGUGUUCGGCGAGAACCCCUCGGGCUUCGCCGGGCUGUUCGUCAAGAAGGCCAGCCUCGGCGCGCUCGAGCGCUCCGCGGUCGCGCGCAGCAUCGGCAUCGUCAGCAUCGUUCCGGCGCGGCGGUGGUCGCUCCGCGACGACUACUCCACCGACCUUGAGCACUCGCUCACCUUCCACAAAGCGGUCGACCCGCCAACGGCGGACGAUGUCGAUCUUGAUACCAGCUGCUCCUUUUCCGGUCCGCUCAGCGCCACCGCCACCGCCACCGCCACCGGUCGCAGGACCGACGAGGCCGAGAACGGCGACACUCCGGAAAUUUGCGAGGUGGACCGUAGGCCAUCCGAAGCCGAAGAAGACACUCGGCCAUGGCCGCCGCCAGCAGCAGUCGAAGCAGAGGAGGAGCGCGUGCUGGAGGUGGAGUGCAGGGGGCUGGACCACGCGGACGCGCUGGGCCUCAUCGCCAUCGGCAACCGGCUGCGGUGCAUCAGCAACUGGCUGGUGGUGGCGAUGCAGAAGCUACGGCACCCGCACCCGGAGCACGGCGGAGGGAAGCAGCUGGUACGGGUGUACGGGCCGCGCGUCAAGUUCGAGCGGGGGCCCUCGCUGGCGUUCAACGUGUACGACUGGAAGGGGGAGAAGGUGGCGCCGGCGCUGGUGCAGAAGCUUGCCGACCGGCAGGGCAUCUCCCUCACCUGCGGCUUCCUGCGGAACAUCUGGUUCGCUGACAAGUAUGAGGCCGACAGGAGCGCCGUCCUUGAGCAGGCAAGCGACGGCGGCGGCGAGAUGGGGAUCCAUGUGGUGAAUGCGUCGCUGGGGUUCUUGACCAACUUCGAGGACGCGUACAAGCUGUGGGCGUUCGUGGCCAAGUUCUUGGACGCCGACUUCGUGGAGAAGGAGAGGUGGAGGUACACGGCGCUCAACCAGAAGACCGUCGAAGUGUAGGUCGCCACCACCAUGUUCUGUUCACUGCGUCAUUUGUUCACCACGUCGUUCUUCUGUACUGCAUUUGGGAAUACAUGCAACCACUGGUCAAGAGGAAGCCGUUCGGCCCA